GCGGCGACUUUCGGCUGGAGAAUAUGGGAACCUUGAGGCCGCAGCUGGCACGGGACCUGCGUGACACUGGUCUGGGCUUAGGCUACCCCACAGCGGAGCGUGCUAAAGGAUUCUUGCUCGAGAAGGCCCAGUUUCAAAGUCGGGACAGCAUUUCUCACUUCGCUUUGCGUCUGGCAUUCUGCAAGGCGAACGAGGCUCGAGAAUGGCUGCUGAAACAGGAGCAGCGGUUGUUCGUCUUACGUUUCGAGGGCUCGAACCUGGGAGCUUCCUGGCAGGCUUUUGUCGAGUCCGUGGGGAUCAGGGCCCAGAGGUUCGAAGAACGAUCUGAUGGACCUUCCUUGCAGAUGCUGCAGAAGUGCACCGCUGGUGCAAAGACUUGGAGAGAUGGGCGUCCCGAGUUCGAGCAGACCUUCUACGAGAUGCCUUUCACGGAGGUUCCUCCGGCCUUCAUUGCCGGGAGACGAGUGGUGCUCAAGAAGGGCAAGGCUUUUGUUCCGGCGACCUCGUUGAAGCUGAUCGUAGCAAAAAAGUUCAAGGACCUCCUGUCGCUGAGCUUGGACGUGGCCUUCCAAGGCCUCCACCUGGCCUUGGCCGAUCCGCGCGUGGGCCUCUUCCUGAGGCAGCUGCAGGAGAUGGGAUUGCAGCUGGUGCUGCCUAUGCGCUCCUCCUCGCAGCAGGAAUCCGGCGAGCAGCUAAGCCUUGGCAACUUCGAGGAGAUGUUGUCCCGCUCGAUGCCCCCUUGCAUGCGGCGGCUCGUGGAAAGACAGCGGGAGGCUCGGAAGCACUUGAAGCACGCAGGAAGGCUGCAGCUGCGGCCCUUCCUGAAGGCGUGCGGCUUUUCCUUCGAGGACUCUGUCAGUUGGUGGAAGCAGGAGCUGUGCCGCGAUCCGACCAUCGAUGCUCAGAAGUUCGACAAGAACUACAUGUAUGACAUCGAGCAUGCCUACGGGAAGAAGGGACACAAUCAAGGUCAGAACUGCUGCGGCUGCCCAAAGCUCAUCGGCUUGCCUGGCGAGACUGUUGGCCAGGUUCACGGAUGUCCCUUCAAGCAGAUGGACGUGGAGUCCCUGCGUCAACAGCUGCAAAGGUGGCAGGUGCCUUCUGCCUGGCGCCCGAUGUGUUGGCUUCUCUUUAGCGUUUUCUGGGUUUUGUAG